AUGGAGAAAACCCGAGCUAGAGUAGAAGUGAAGAUAGGCGAGUUUGGUUGCACCAGCAGAACAAGUGUACCAGUUGAAGGCGCUGAGUUUGAGUUCGACGAAGUACACGAUAGCUUCGACAGUGUAUAUUUAAUAGCAGAAAGAAAGGUAAGCGUAGCUUUAGCUGUCUAUUCUACCAAGACCACACGCCCCGACAUGAAGCUGUAUAUGAAGCCGACGCAGCACGCCAAGCAGUCGCAGUUAGCUCCACUUUCUGGUGAAUCUUGGCUUACUGUGCUGUCUCAAGCUCAAGCUAACUACAAGAAGCAAAAGACAUUUGAAGGACCAUUUAUCGUCCAGCUGCACAUGUACGCAGCUAAAGAAGUUCGACAAGUAAUUCGACGUGCUACGCCAGCCCGCAUUGCUGCAGCGGCAAUAGCUAUCGAUUCGUACCUGACAGAGCGCUCCGAUUCUGGCCCGUCAGCCUGA